GUCAGCCUUUCUCCCGAGAUCAGCUUCCAUCUUCAGCGCCAUCCUCAUUCCUGGGUGGGGCUUGUCUGGACCCACAGGGUUGGAGCCAUAGACAAGAGAGCCAUUAAUCUCGGGGUCUCAGCUUCUCUCAACGGACCUUCCAGGCACUGCUGAGAAAACCAGGGUAAUGGUUUCCUGCAGCAGCAACAAGCAGGAGCAGGGCCAUCUCCAGACUCCAGAGAAUGGGGAGGACGAGGAAAGUGGCCACCUGAUGCAUGCCUUCCCUGGACCAGGCCCUGGUCCUGAAAUGUUAUCUCACUGCAUCCUCCCGACAGUCCCUGGGGCUAAAUUGGUGAUGCUGCUUGUUUGGGUGAGCAAACAGAGGGUGAAUGAAGUGACUUGCUGGCACCUGGGUAGAGGCUGAGGUCAGCGUUGGUAUAAGGGACUUGAGCAUCAGGGUUCUCGGGAUUUGAGCCCUGGCCCUGCUGCCUGCCAGCUCUGUGCUGUGGCAACUUACUUCCUCUCCCAGAUGUCUUGGUUUCCUCAUCUGCUGCCUCUCCAGACUUCUGCCAGACAUCGCACGCGACAGUUUCAGGCACAGGAACUUUCUGGCAGCAGGCACUGCUCCACAAGUGGGAAUUUGUUCCAGCACUUCACAGACUGCAACUGAGGCGCUCGCUAACUCCUGGAUAACAAGACGUCUGCCAGAAGGACCAUGGCUUUGGAAGGUGGAGUUCAGGCUGAGGAGAUGGGUGCUGUCCUCAGUGAGCUCCUGCCUCUCUGAACGUAGGAAAUCCAGCUGGGCAGCCAUGGAGCGGGACAAUGGCACAGGCCAGGCUCUGGGCUUGCCACCCACCACCUGUGUCUUCCGUGAGAACUUCAAGCAACUGCUGCUGCCACCUGUGUAUUCGGCCGUGCUGGCGGCUGGCCUGCCACUGAACCUCUGCGUCAUUGCCCAGAUCUGCAUGUCCCGCCGGGCCCUGACCCGCACGGCCGUGUACACCUUAAACCUCGCCCUGGCCGACCUACUGUAUGCCUGCUCCCUGCCCCUGCUCAUCUACAACUACGCCCAAGGUGACCACUGGCCCUUUGGCGACUUCGCCUGCCGCCUGGUCCGCUUCCUCUUCUACGCCAACCUGCACGGCAGCAUCCUCUUCCUCACCUGCAUCAGCUUCCAGCGCUACCUGGGCAUCUGCCACCCACUGGCGCCCUGGCACAAACGUGGGGGCCGGCGAGCCGCCUGGCUAGUGUGUGUAGCCGUGUGGCUGGCCGUGACAGCCCAGUGCCUGCCCACAGCCAUCUUUGCUGCCACAGGCAUCCAGCGUAACCGCACUGUUUGCUAUGACCUCAGCCCGCCCAACCUGGCCACCAGCUACAUGCCCUAUGGCAUGGCUCUCACUGUCAUUGGCUUCCUGCUGCCCUUUGCUGCCCUGCUGGCCUGCUACUGUCUCCUGGCUCGCCGCCUGUGCCGCCAGGAUGGCCCGGCAGGGCCUGUAGCCCAGGAGCGGCGUGGCAAGGCGGCUCGUAUGGCAGUGGUGGUGGCCGCUGCCUUUGCCAUCAGCUUCCUGCCUUUUCACAUCACCAAGACAGCCUACCUGGCGGUGCGCUCGGCACCGGGCGUCUCCUGCCCUGUGCUGGAGGCCUUUGCGGCAGCCUACAAAGGCACGCGGCCAUUUGCCAGCGCCAACAGUGUGCUGGACCCCAUCCUCUUCUACUUCACCCAGAAGAAGUUCCGCCGGCGGCCACAUGAGCUCCUACAGAAACUCACAGCCAAAUGGCAGAGGCGGGGUUGCUGAGUCCUCCAGGGCCUGGUCAGCCUUUAUGUUUGCCAUUGUGGCUGGGGCUCUGGGAGCCCCACCAACCCCAAGCCAUGCAGAGAAUUAGAGCUCAACUCAGCUGGGCAUGGAGUAAAGUCCCUCACAGGACCCAGAAACUCACCAACAACUAUUUAUUCAGCCCUUCUCUGGCCCAGGCCCUGUGGGCAUGGAGAUGAUGAGGCCUGAGCCUGGCUCUUGAGAGGUCCUGGUCAGCCGUGGAGAGCUGGGGAUACCACGUUAAGGUGCUUGCAAAAAUACAGUGUGACAUGUACUGUCA